CAUUAUUCAUCUCUCUCUCUCUCUUCAUCUCCUCCAUAUAAAGAAGAGAGCAGAUGCAGAUUAAAAGAAAAUAGCAAAUCGUUCAAUAUCGAAUUCUUCAGCAACAGCAGCAAACACACUCUCUCUAAAAUAAUCUCUCUCGAAGAAGAAGAUGGGGUUACAAGGUCAACUCUCUGACGUUUCAUCAGAUUCAAUCCCUCUCAUGCUCCUCGCACUCCUCGCUACUUUGUUCAAACACGUCCGCUCUUUCUUCCUCCGCUUCUCCUCCUCUUCCUCCGCCGUCGAAGAAGUAGCUUCUCCCUCCGCUUCCUCAGGACUCGCGAACCUCGCCGUACUCGCCGACCAGCUCAAACUCAAUCGUCUCUUCUCAUACCGAUACGCCGACACCGCCGCCAACGCCACCGAUUGCAUCGUGUGUUUGUCUACACUCAAGACCGGAGAAGAAGUGAGGAAGCUGGGUUGCAGGCACGUGUUUCACAAACAGUGUUUGGAAGGUUGGCUCCAACAUCUCAAUUUCAAUUGUCCGCUUUGUAGAUCUCCGUUGCCUGGUCGUGGAGGAGGAUGUGAAUCGGUCUCUCUUCUCUCAGAAGCAGCCACUGCAUCUGAGUGAGUUCUUCAUUGUCUGAUGAACAAAGGGAAAGAGAGAAGAAGAGUUUGGGCGUUUUUUUUAAUCUCGCGGCUUUCUCCUCUUUCUUUGUUUUAGGGAUUUGGGUGGUGCUUAUUAUUAUUUUAUUC